CGACCCUUGCACCUGCAUCCCCAAAGCCACCACACCAUUGCAUCCCACGGCAAUGCAGCGCCAGCCGCAACUGCAGUAAUCUUUAAUACACCACCGCCACCAUGUUCGGCAAGCGACGACGGGCAGCGUCGAAUCCGCCCCAGCGAGCCCCGCCGCCCAGCGCAUCCGCCUCGCUCGCCGCCUCGAAAGCCUUCAUCAAGAAUGCCGAAUCCAACGGCGACCUCUCGUCGGCUGCUGCGGCCGCCGCCCUGCGCACCCACGUCACGACGCCGACUCCCGUUGGCGACACAGUCACGAAGCGCAUGGCCCGCCGCGGCUCGCUAUCGUCAAACGGCAGCGUCUCGCGACCACAGCCCGGCUCCCUGCGCCGACAGUCGAGCUCAGGAUCCAUGACGGAGCGCUCCUUUCGCGCACCAUCGCCCGGCGGAGGAAGCCCAGCAGAUGCGGAUGCGCCGCCCGUUCCGCCAGUGCCAAAGAACAUGCAGCAGCAGCAAGGCAGCGUUGUCCAUCGGCGUGCUUCCAGCCUAGAGCCUACGUACCGUGGAGGAUCGCCCGCGCCAGGAGGCAGAGGCAGAGGCGUCAGCCUGGAUAGGGGCGCCAAUCCUACUGGGAGAGGGCAACGGCCUGCCAGCCAUCUCGCUCAGGUGUCCGAGGAGGACGACGCGUUGCGGUCCGUAAACUUCUCCCGCCCAAUGUCCCCAGGCGCCAUAGGCACACGCCAGAAUCCCUCUCCGCCCUCGAGCAAAGGAUGGUUCGGCGGCCCUCUGGUGAAUCAGGAUGCGGUCCAGCGCAUGACCUCGACAUCGCGACCAAAGACAUCCAGUGGUGUAUCCAGCUACGACCUCCAGAACGCCCAACGAUCGGUCCAGAGUGCCUCUGAGCGCCCAGUGCAAACACACCAGAUUUCACAAGGCCUGCAAGGCGCAAGACUGUCGAGUGGCAGUAUGCGCGCCAAGCCAUCUGGCUCUGCUGUGCAGACGCAAUCCUACGUGCCGCGACAAGCCCCUCGACCUGUCGACCCGAACUCACCGGAUGCUAUUUACGAUCCUUCAACGCGCAAAUUCAUUCACAAGCAGGAUGCCAUGGCCCGUCAUCGAGAGCUGCAUGAAGAGCCCGAGCCUGAGCCCACGCGACAAUAUGUGUCACAGCAUGCCGACACCUUCCACUCCGUCCACAUACCAGAGAACCAGAUGGGCCGCGGCUCGCCGAGUCCUAUACGCCACUAUGUUCGCCAGGAACAGCCAGCACCACAGAGAAGAGAAGAGCCGAUAGCUGUAUCGCGCACACCCGAACCGCAACCCAGUACCGCUACUGCAACGAGACACUCUGAUGACUUCGUUGAUGCCGAUUUCCCACCUCAGGAGCAGGCAAACACCAGUCGCAGGUUGGACGACUCUGGAUAUGGCACUAUAGCCGGCCACGAGGACGAGGUACCUUUGCCCAAAUUCGCUAUCAACCAGGACAGUGCGUACCCUCGCAUCGCCGCUCCAGCCAACUCGACACCUGCAAGUUCGAUUGGUGGUGGCAGUCUCCGUGACACGCACGAUCGACAUACUUCAUUGAGCCCACCACGCACUGCCCAUUUUGCGCCUGUAGCUGUCGAGCUUGCUGGUACCAAACACGACCCGCUGCCGCGCUCAGUAUCUCCUGCAAAAUCUGCCUUGAAGAGCUCGCCUUCAGUAUCGCGCCGCGGCGAAUCACCCGCUGCUUCGAACGGACGUCUCUUUGCCAAGGUUGCUCCGAGUGAAGCAUCUGACACUGCUUCCGAUGAUGGAGGCAGGAAGAAGAAGAAAAACGUGCGUGUCAGUUUCGAGGAGGAUCCGGUACUGCCAAGCAAACCUGCACAGGUCGAUACAGUCGGGCCAUCACAUGGAGGUCUCAGUGCGUCCAAGUGGAGUCCCAUAGCCGAGAAAGAGGACGAGUUCGAGGAUUUUAUGAAGCCACGCCCUGCUCUGCCUUUGUUUGGCAGCAUACGCGAGAAGGAGCGACGUCCGCAGGAGAACAUGGCUGAGAAGGUUACCGAGACCUUCCCGACUUCAAACGCUUCCAGCGACGUCGCGCUUGGGAACAUUGUCGCCGAAGACUUUGCCCAGAAGCACGGACAAGACAGCCCUCUACCGCCUGAAGUCACCACCGUUGAAGGGAGUGGCUACGUAUCAGACUCAAGCGACUAUUCAGACACCCACAAGCCUAUAGAGGCCUCGAAGCAGCCACCUGCUCCAGAGCCCAAGUCCCUGUCUACGUCGCAGGAGGAGACACCAGCAGCAGCUGCUUCAAUCACGGAACAGAUCGUUGAGGUGCCCAACAUCGCACUCCAGCCUGCUACCCCUAGUCCAUACGAGAAGCCUGAACCUGUGUAUCAGAAUAUGGCAAUACCUGGGGGUUGGGGCGACGAUGUUCCUGAGACCGACCGGCACGCAAUCACCCCUACCCCAACCAAGUCCGUCACGUCUAUGCCCGACCAGGACGCAUUGAGUCAACAGCAACAGUCUUUCGCACGGAUCGAGGAAGACGAUGAGACUACCGAUGAUAACAGCAGCGUUUACAGCGAUGCCUACGAAGACCUCACCGAUGGCGAAGGCGGGUUCGGUAGCAUCAAUGCGCUUAUGGAAAGUCCGGCCGUCCCGGCAUCUUCUGGCUUGAUGCAUUCAAAGUAUGCCAAUGCAAGUUCCACGGGCAAGCCUACAUCGAAGCUUCAGUUAGACACGUCUGUGGACGACAACCGCGAUUCAGACACUACGCCGACACAAGACUGGAAUGCUGCUCAGCAGCAUUGGAGUGGUGUGAAUGCGUCUCUGAGGAAGCCAAACUCUCAAUCAGAGCAGACCCAAGUAUCUUCCGAGCGAGCAUCGCAUGCCAAAGAAGUGAUCUCUCGAGUUACACAAGCUCCAGUCUCAGAAGAAAGAUCUAGACCAUCUGCCACGCGCGAGUAUUCACCGGAUACUACACCAGAGCGCAAGGUUACUGCUAUACCACCUCCAAGGGUCGCUACAUCGGCCGAUCGAACACCAACAAAACCUCUCAAGUCCGCUCUGAAAAAGAGUCCCGCACCACAGUCGGCACGCCCAGCUGAACCGCAGAACAAAACAUCGCUGCGAACGGCGGCUCCAAGAGAAGACACUCCUGAGGUCCAUAUGAAGCGAACCAUGAGAGGAGGCCCGAACACCGCUGCACGGGCCGAACCUCAGAUGGGAUCAACUAUGCGAUCGAGUAUGCGUGGACCUUCAGCUGCAGCUCCUAGAGCACAGCCCCAGAUGCGACAGAGCAUGCGUUCGGCUGAUCCCUCACCUGCGCCAGGCAUGGGCCUAGCAGCAUCACGACACAGCAUGGUACCUAUGGAUACCAAACCUCGAGGUGCUCUUCAGAAGAAGAAUAUUCCGCCUGCUGCUGCUGUCGGCAAGGGAAGACCACAGAGUGCGCCUGCUACAAAACCGAUGGCCGCUCCAGCACCUACGUACGACAGUGACUCAGACGCAUCUGCAAGCAGUUUCCAGCGUGUCAGGAAGCGCGGACGAGAACAAGGUGGGCGAUACACAAUGCGUGGCUCCAUGAGACAAGAACCUGCGCCUACCAUGCGAGCAAGUGCUCCAGCGCCAAAGCAAGUCCGCGCAAUCUCUCCUCCAGGAUCACCGUCGCCCGCCAUGCGAAGAUCUAUGCGGCCGUCUUCUCCUACCCCGGAACCAGUCAGAUCUUCCAAGUUUAGUAUUCGAUCUCUGUCUCCAAUGGGCAGAUUCCGGAAAGCACCUGAUGUGCGUCCUUCGUCGCCCACGCAGCCAAAGCCAAUGCCUACCUUCAGCAAGCAACCAAAGCCAUCUAAACCAUCAAAGCAAAAGGCAACGCCCGCCAAGGCCGUCAAAGCUCCGUUCAAGAGUCGGUUCGCUGACUCAAGUGACGAAGACGAAGACGCUCGGCCGUCUCGUUUCCAGAGUCGAUUUGAUGAUUCAGAUGAUGACGAGCCUCUCGACUACACUCUGCCCCCAGGUCUAGCGCCAGUACGAGGGAUUCCUAGGAAAGCUGGCGAAGAAGACGGCGACUCUACAGAUCUGGAAGAAGAAGCCGACGAUGAGACGCCCAAUGUGGCCGCGCAACCCGCACCAGCGCCGAAUAGGACCAGUGACGCCAAUGGCAAUGCCGGCGCACAAGGUACAGCCCUAUCUGCUGGCUCUUUACGUGACAGCAAGUAUGCGCCUUCGGCCUCCUCUGGAGCUGCUGGCAAGGCCAAGACGAAGCGUGGCUUCUUCGGUCUAGGAAAGAAGAAGACUACUGCUCAACCGGAAGCUGUCCAGGCGCAACCCCAGGCUGUGCAAAAUGUUUCAGAGCCUGAUGAGAUUCCUAUGCCACCCGCGCAACGCAACCGCGACAUGACUCACCCUAUGACGCCCAUCGACGAGGACAAGGAAUUCGGCGAUCCGACACCCAGUUCUCCAAGGUCGCCUAAGUUGCAACGCCGAAAGACUCCGGAAUGGCCACUUCCGCCCACCAUCGGCACUGACGAUCGUCCCAUGAGUUCAGAUGGUGUCGCGCCCCGUAGACCUCGCUUCGCCACCCGUUCCAGCCUCGUCUCUAACGUGUCGGCACCGAUCGUGGACGCGCAGGGCCGUUCUGUUUCCUACGGCAGAAGCGGAAAGAAGAAGAAGUUCCAAGGCCUAAGGCGGGUCUUUGGACUGAAUGACUGAGCGCGUUUGGCUAGUAGCUAAUCCGCGUUGUUGUAGAGUUGCGGGAAAACAUCAAGACCACCCUGGGGCUUUCACCGUGUAUGCCAAACGCCGCAGACUGGAACACUCAUCCUCUACAGCAUCGAGCCGCUCGCAUAUAUCCGUUGCGUCCUUUAUCCGCGUCUCGAACAAAUUGUUGACCUGCCAUCGAUGUACUUCACCCCCACUGUCUCAGUCUCCCACCCUGCGCCUCUGAGCCCGAACCCACGACGACCAUCAAUUUUCCUGUUUUCCAUCUACGCUCCGUGCUGUACCUCUGUCUAGUCUGCCUUUUUUCCUUUUCACCGCUCGAUUGGCUCCGAUGAGGUCUUCGAAAAGAACAAUGAUACCAG